AUGUCUUCCUACUUUUUUAUUAUUUUUUUGUGCGAUUUUCGCCUGCUGGGGGGCCUGGCGCAGUUGUUGUACGCGUUGCUCAGCACAGCAGCGUUGGUGGCGGCUGCGAACGGCGCCGCUCAGCGCCAACCGCACGAAGCCUAUUCGGCGGACCAGCUGCGCCAACAGGCUGAGCUCCAGCAGCGCCAGCAGCAGCACCAGGACGUGUUCUCGGCUGCGGACCGACAGCAGCGACAGCUAGGUGACCGGUCGCCGCAGGGCUUUCUGGGCAGCGGCGCGUUUCCCGGGACAGGUGUCGCUGCUGGCGCGGGCGGCAUCCCGUUGAGCUCCGCCAUCGAUGCCGCCAGUUCUCGUCAACAGCAACAACCAGCACAGCAGAGCGAUCGUCGACAGGCUCUUUACUAUGAUCCGUAUUCCGGGAAUCCCCCACCACCGCCGCCGCUGUCGGGGCCAGCAGACGGCGGAUAUCCGGUCUACGACUUUGGGUACUCUGUCUCCGAUCCCAACGCCCAACUCCACCAGACCCGCCAAGAAACCCGCGACGGAGACAGGGUCACGGGCUCUUACUCAUACGUGGACCCGAACGGGUCACUCAUGCGCGUCACCUAUGAGGCGGACGCGCUGAAUGGCUACCGGGCUCGCGUAGAGACAGUGCAGCCGCCUCUGGCGUCGCCGGUAGUACCGAGAUUCCCGUUGCGUGGCUUGAGGCGACUUAAUCGACACGAUGCUCGCAGAGACGACGCUCAGCUUAGUAGCGACAGGCGCAAUUAUCAC